UUUCUCAAACAUAAACAAAACUUUCCCUGUGUCUCUCCUCCUCCCCUUACAGUUACUUCUCCCACCGUACCUCCUCCUUCUCUCUCAUUCAUACAUUAGUCCCCUUCAAUAAUUCUCCUAUUCAUCUGUCUCACACUCCUUCUUUCUUUCUUUCUCUCUCUCUCUCUCUCUCUCUCUCUCUCUCUCUCUCUCUGCUUCUCCCAUUCGCCUUUUCUAAUUCUCGUUUCUAUUUUCAUUCUUUCUCUCUCUCUCAACCGCUCUACCAUGAUGUCAAGUCUCGAAACAAUGCACCCUUUUGUACACCUAUUGUUGUUGUGUCGCUCCAGGCCAGCCUCGCCAUUGCAGAUCAAUGAUCAACGGCCCUCUAGCCGUGAACACGUUUCGAUUACCUUCUGUAGAAGUCUACCUGAUCCAAAAGAUUUCUUCCCCCGCUUUCUUCUACAUUAGCCGCAGAGAUGUUUCAAGGAGACCGCGCACAAGUCUAGAAUCUCACACGGUUCCGCUGUGUACAUACAUCUAUAAAGAGAGAGUGUGUGUGCGAGAGGGAGAGAGAGAGUGUGUAUGCGAGUGAGAGAGAGAGAUAGUGUGUGUGUGUGUGUGUGUGUGUGUGUGUGUGCGUGCGAGAGAGAGAGAGGGAGGGAGAGAGAGCAAUUUAUAUAUACAGGUACAUGAAGACAUAAGAUGCACUUUGAAAUACCAGAGAAGCGUGUUAAUAUAGCUUAGCUGAAAACGGCAUUCGCUUGAACAUAAACACACAGAUAUCUUUCAUGACAUAUAUUUGAAUAUAAACAUCAAUAUAUCUGUAUAAAUUUAUAUAGACCCUUAGACACAAACACAAACACACAUAUAUAUAUAUGUAUAUAUAUAGAGAUAAAAUACCUAUGUGUAAACGCGUGUGUAUGUGGAUUAUAUACGCUCCUUAUACUUUUGUGCCCGGAUGAACAUUAUUAUUAUUUGGAAAUGUUUGCGUGCUGAUCUGAGAAACAUUCUAUCGACGCCAUAUUGAAAACUGAAGGCAGAGCGAAGCAUUGACCUUCCACAACUAUCUAAAAUACAUCUUAUAUAUUUAUAUGAAUAUAUACAGUCAUUACCUAUCGAUACACACAACAAACUUUAAAAAUGACCAUCUCAACGGUAUAAGACCUGAAAUUUUGAUUGAGAAUGGGGGCUGGUUGAUUACAUAGACCCCCAAUGCUCAACUGAAAAUCUACAUUAGCUACCUGCUUUCACGUUUGUGGAGUAUCAUGAAAUUUCGAUAUGGAAACAUCUAUGUUUUGCCGAUAGCCAUCUUGUUUUGUAACCUGUUGGUUAUAUUAUCCUAUUAUAGUCUAGUGAUUUCCAAGGUCAAAGUGACUCCGAUCUACAUGAACCAGAAAAUCAUGAACUGUGAUGCAAAGCGACGGCUACCCAGCUGUAUUAUUAUAGGUACACCGAAGUCGGGUACGAAAGCCUUACUUGAGUUUAUUGGGGUACAUCCUUCUGUUGUCAUUGCCGAGGGAGAACCGAAACAUUUCCACAGAGAAGAUAACUACCGGAAAGGGAUGAAUUUCUACUUGGAGAAAAUGCCUCUGUCUUGUCCUGAUCAAAUCACAAUAGAAAAAUCACCGGAAUAUUUCUACAGUGACAAAGCACCGAUUCGGAUAAAACAAAUGAACAAAACUAUCAAGCUGAUUUUGAUUGUUAAAAAUCCUGUGGAUCGUUCUAUAUCGGAAUACAUCCACCGACGAUACUACCGCAACCUGAAGGAGAUAAAACACACCUUUGAAGAGCUUGUUUACGAUGAUAAAAUCAACAAACUCAAGACGUCAUAUUACCCGAUUAUGAGAUCAGUUUACUCCCGGUUUGUCAUUCGCUGGUUGCAACAUUUCCCCUUAAACCAGAUCCACGUAGCAGACGGGAGCAAACUGAUUGUAGACCCAUCGGAAGAGGUGCUCAAAGUUCAAGAUUUUCUCGGUCUAAAGAGGGUGAUUUCCAGGGAUAACUUUAUAUAUAAUAACACCAGGGGAUUCUACUGUUUGUUGAUAAACUCUGAAUCGAAAUGUUUGCCACCAAAUAAGGGUCACCGAAACGUAAGCACAAGCAAGGUAAUAGCAAAACAAAUGGCUAAAUACUUCAAACCAUAUAACGAUUUGUUUUUCCAGUUAAUACAUAAAAAUCUAUCUUGGACUUGAAUAAAAUAUAUACAGCAUGAAAAGAAAUCCAGAAUCAGGUGAAAAAAAAAAGAUGGCCAAGAAGAGCAACAAAAUCUUUAGCAAAAAGAAAACAAAACAAAUGAACAAAUAUAAACUAUUUUAAAAAUUA